AUGAGGAAAUCAGUAAAGCAUGCUUCCGUGAGAUGUUGGAAGCUAUUGGAGCCGGAGACAUGGAAGAGGCCAAAAUCAGGAUGGCCGGCUGGCUUAUGUGCCGCUAAUUCAAUAAGAGAUUACAUUUUAUUAUUAGAAGAAAAACGAAAACAAGGAGAAACAGAAUUUAUGAAUAACGAAAUAUUUACUUUUACUAAUGAGGAAUUUAAUGUGCAUAUGAGGACCGUUCAGGUUGAUGGAGAGGUUUGGUUCGUUGCUAAGGAUAUCGCUGAAGUUUUGGGUUACAGCAACACUAGAGAUGCCAUUGCAAAACAUGUUGAUGAAGAGGAUAAGGAUAGCGUCGCGAUUUACGACGGAAAAGGUAACCCAAAUAUGACUAUCAUUAAUGAAAGUGGUAUGUACAGUUUGGUGCUCUCUUCUAAGUUACCAACUGCGAAGAAGUUCAAGAGGUGGGUGACAGCAGAAGUUCUCCCUGAACUCAGAAAGAAUGGCUUCUACCAGUUACAGAAGCAGCCUUCCUUGCCUACGGAUUAUUUAUCAGCACUGAAGGCACUGGUCACAGCUGAGGAGGCGAGACAGUUCCUGGAGAUUGAAAAUGAGACAUUGGUAGGUAUUGUUGAGGAACAGGAAACUGUGAUUGAGGAACAGGAAGCUAUUCUGGAAGAACAGGAGCCACUUGUUGAGCUGGCUAACAAGCUGAUGGAGAACCCAGACAUCUGGCACUCAUUUAAGUCUGCCGCCGCCCUACUGAAUAACGGUUACGGCCAGAAUAAGCUGUUUGAGGUUGCCCGUAAUCACAAGGACUUAAUCUCAGAAGGCAGCAAGAAGAAUCAUCCAUACCAGAAUGUUGUCGACAAGGGAUAUUAUAAGCUCAGGGCUAACGGAGGGCACUAUAACCAUAACAAUGAGUACAUUUCUAGUUACCAGACUCUCAGACCAGAAGAAGCAGGUUGCUUGAUAAUGACUUCCACCGAUUACCGUGAGAAGAACAUUAAAAAAUUCAUGGCGAAGCCUUCAUCGCUCGAGCAGAUAAAGGCAGACGCUAAGAAAAUCAUUGAGGAAAGUAAUGUUGAGGAGAGGAGGGGGCUGCUAGAUGCCCUCCUUCAUCUCUCAGAUGAUUUGUGCAGUGACAGCAUUGUGUUGAGGGAGAACGCUCAGUACACUAUUGACUUCGUUAAAGAGGUGCUCUCAAAAGAGGAGGCUGAUUUUGUGUUGGCUAUUUACGCUGAGUCCAAGAAAUUGGCUGAACACAGCUACAGCCUUGGCAUGCUUCGCAAGGAUGGUAAGCAGUUGUUGACUGGCGCCCUGUUGAAGCUGAAGGAGAGAGAGGAGGAGUUUGAUUAUGAGUGA